ACAGGAGCUCUUCACAGCUGUGUUCACCAAUGGUGGGCAUUGUGUUAGUAACUUGAUUAGCGCUUUAAAGAACUAACUUUGAAUGACUAGAUGAAUCAGUGGGUUUGUUUUAAACCCCCUUAUCAUAUAUAUAUAUACCAGUUAUAACAGAAUAACAAAUAAUUCAUAGAUUUGCGAGCUAUACUUAUUUUAGAAUUGGAAUUCGGGAAGGAAGACAGGGUUUGGGGUGGGGGUUUGGAAUUCCCCUUCUUUUUUUCACCCCUUAUGCACCCGGGAGUGACCAAGGAAUCUGGUGAGCAGCAAAGUACCCAGGAUUAACGGUUAUCGUCGAACUGAUCUGCUUCACAGCAGAAAGAAACCUAAAUAGGUAUACAUCGGAAGAACUCUGUGGAUUAAAAGGAUUACACCACAAACUUGUAUUAUACACGUCCGUGAUCACACCUUUUCGAUGUUCCAGGGAUGGCUGUCGAAGCUGUUGAGCACUUGGUUGGCCUUGGGCCUUUCUGUGAGAGGAUGCCAUCUGCUCUGUUAUUGUUAUCACCCUGUCGGCUGAAAGGAGGAAAUUUUGGCACCAUUUUUCGCAUCAGGUCACACCUGGAAAAACAUGGCUAUAAUUGUCAUUUGUGGGAUCCACAAAAUGUGGAGAAAUGUGGUGGAAUUAAUGUUUUAUUAAACCAGUAUAAAAUUGAUCUUGUGCUUGGAAUUCACGCAUACCACGCUGGAAGGUUUAUGAAAGACAGCAAUGUACCAUACAUAUUAAUCUUGGGAGGCACAGAUGUAAAUGAGUUUAGCAAAGAAGAAAAGUACCAGAAAGUUAUGACAGCUGCCAUAUACAAGGCCAGGUAUGUUGUCGCGUUCAGUGAAUCUCUGCAAUCAAGAGCCUUAUCUUUAUGGCCCCAGCUCUCUCUCGGUAAUUUGACUGUGAUAAGACAAGCUGUCACAACAAAUCCAUCCAAUUUCUGUCUCUCUGCACACUUACUUGAACAUCAUGGCAUUGUAAGGGCAGAUGAGAAUCACAUCUUUCUGUUUGUUGGAGCUAUUCGGCCAGUGAAAAAUCCACUUUUUCUGAUGGAUGAAAUUUCCAAGUGGCAUGAAGAAAAUAGCCGUAUUUUUCUAGUCAUCAUUGGGCAUGUGGCAGAUGACUCAUAUUUUCGAAAUGAUUUUGAACCAGCACUGAACAGAUGUAAAGGUGUUGUGCAUAUACCUGGCUUGUCUACUGCUUGUGCACAUGCUUCAAUGCAGCAGGUUUUUGCACUGGUCAAUUCAUCUCAGAGUGAAGGCAUGUCACUGGCCAUUUUAGAAGCCAUGAAGAUGAAAUUGCCUGUAUUAGCACGAGACAUUCCAGGAAACAGCAGCAUAAUACAGGAUGGACGAAAUGGCUUGUUGUUUUCUACUCCAGAGGAGUUUCGUGAAAAGGCAUCGGCGCUAAUGCAGAACCCAUUACAAAGACAGCACUUGGUGACUCAAGCUGAGGAGUUCAUUGCUUCUCACCACAAUAUAGAACAAGAAGAUGCAGCAUAUCAAAAAUUAAUUGUUAGCUGUCAGUUUCCAACUGGACCAGCUGUUAACGGCUAUUCUUGAUUUAUUUUAUUUUCAAUCAUGUAUAACAUUGUGUGUUUUGCUUUGCAGUAAUCCCUGUCAAUUAUUUUCAGUCCAGUGGUUGCUGUUGUCAUAGAAUGUAAUGCAUUCUUAAGUGACCUAAGUAGGAUAAUAUUUUUGUGAAUAUGUUGGUUAGCAUAUGAUAUGUCAAGACUGUUAUGAUACAAAACAAAAUUGCAAAAUAUUAUAAACAAGAAUCUUGUAAAUAAUUUACUUGUUGCAAUUCCUUUUCGAAUCUCUUGACAUCUGUAUGUUCAAAACUCAACUCAGUUUCAGUAACGGCACAAACUUAAGGACUAUCUAUUAAUGUUAAUAUUUUGUGUCAUAAAGACAUUGUCCACCCACAUGCAUAUUCAGGACAUAUUUUCACAUCAUGAUGCUGUUCUUUUCUGUUUGCAGUAUGUAUGGGGUUAUGUGGGCAAUACAUUUUAAAGAUUUGUAUUAAUAUCUUUGUAUUUUUUAUUAUAUAAUUAACAUAGUGGAUUAGCUUUAUUUCUCUGAUUUGGGAAAAGGAACAUUUUUAAUUCUAAAUUUAGAAAGUCAAAUGAAGUAGAAUUCAUUUUGGUAUUUUAAUGCUCUGUGUGCAUUGAAUGAAGUAGUUAUUUCACUCUUAAUUGUGAAGAUUAUGAUUAUCGCUCUUCCUUUUGCUUAUGAGUGUUCUGUUUACAUAGCUUGCUUUCUUGGAUGAGCAUAAAUACAGCUAAAUAUAUUAGCAUAUUUGUUACCACAUAUUGUGUUUGAUUGUAGUUGUAAACCAUGGAGGUAGAAAAACCUUGAUGCUAUCAGUGUCAGGUCAUUUGUGUAAACGUUGACAGUUAAAGGAUGAGGGUAAUAUUUUUUUUAUGCUCUUGUGUAACUGAGCCAGUGACAAUGCUAUGUUCUAUGUCCAGUGACAAUGAUUUCUAUAUCCAGGAUUUAAAAAAAAAGUCAGGGCUUGUACAGAAAGUACAGUGCUUGAGGGCUUUUAUGUAAAAUAUGUACAUAUACACUGUUAACUAGUCUCACCUGAGUUGUUAUAAGAUAGUGGCACUGAAUCAAAACAUACUGAUCAAAGAGCUUUUGAUAUGCUAUAAGCAACCUUCUCUUAUUGGAAGGGAGUUAAUUACAUUGAAAGGUUAAAUAACCUUUAGCUUCUGUCCCCUGUAUAAAAUAUAACCCUGGCAGCACACCAGUGAAUGAACAUAUCCAGACCCAAGGAUCACAAAAAGUGAUAUUAAAACUCAAAAUACUGAACUGCAAAAUGCUUAUACUUUCCUUUGAGCUGUUGGCUUAUUUUGUUGUUUGUACAUGGUAACUUUGCUUUAUUUACGUAGGGGAUGGAAGCUAUUGUAAUAAUCAUUUUCUAUUGAGAAAUCUCGCAGCAGAUCAAAUUUUAUGUACAUGAUGUGUAUGGAAUUUACAACAGGUUUCGCCUAUGAAAUUUGCCAAAGCAGUUAUGAUGGUCUUUCUAUACAUCAGGCUGCAUGUAGUUAACACAACAUUAUGCAUAAAAAUGUAUUGGAAGACGAAAGGUUUUUAUUUUUUUAUCAUAUGAAUAUCCAACAUUGACCAUGACUUGUCACUCCACCUGCCCCCUCAUGCAUGUGAAAAUCACUCCUGAAAUAACACAUAAAAAAAAAUAGAUAUUUUAUAUUUCCGGGAGUCUUUCAUUGUUGUCAUUCUUUCCAUGACACCUAUUGUCAUGGUAACUAUUCUUCAUUUAUGGCUGCUUUGAAAUAAUUUAUAUUUUAACCAUGACACAAGUAGCUCAUUUGAAAUAAAAAUCUUUAUUCAACUUUUA